CAUGACCCACCGCCGAGAACAACAAUCGGCGUCGGCGCGCUUCCUGCUUCCUGCUCCUCAUCUCACCAUCUCUCACUCACACUCCACUCACACUCGUUCACCCCUGCGCGCGCGGCGCACCGACCGGCACCAUGUCCGCGCGCCACCGCUUCCAGUCAUUCCUCUACCACACCUCGUUCACCUUCUUCAUCCUGAUCCUCUCGGCGCUCAUGGUCGGCUCGGCCUGGGGGCUGGGCGAGCAGGCCUGGCGGACCGACCACCAGCGAAGGUGGAACGUGUUCGCACUGGUCGCGGCGUAUGUCGCAUUUCUCAUCGUGUCCGUCAUGCACGUCUGGUCACGCGUGUUCAGCGUCAAGAAGGUGCUGAGGAGCAUGCCCAAGCCGUACAUGCCGACCAAGAACGUCGACGUACCACGGAGAGUCUCGGACCUCAUCCAGACCGAGUACUCGCGCACCUCGGUCAUCGCGCACCUCGCCCAAGCUACCACGGGGCAGCAGGAGGGCUGGGGACGUCCAGGGACCAAGUGGGCCGACGUGCACUUUCGGACGUACAUCCUCGGCACACUAGAUGAGAUGCGCAACAUCCUUCACCCAGACUACUCGCACGCUCCACCCACCUCCCUGCAGCCACUGAUCGACGCGACGGCCAACUUCCCACCAUCAGAACCAGACGGCAAGCCCGACCCGCUCCGCCUCUUCGUGGCCUCGUACGCCAAGAUCCUCGAGCGCGCGCGCUACGCGGCCAAGGAGCCCACCGAAGGCGACGCCGAGGCAGUCCAUUCUGUCGUCGGCCUCGUGCGCGGCAUGGUCGACCUGCGAACUGCGAAGCGCGACGCGGCGGCUGCGAGGGCUGCGCCGAGCAGCGCCACUAGCUCCGCACAGCCCAGUCGCGAGCCGAGCGGAUCUCACGCGCCCCAUCACCGUGGCAGGUCGAGAACCCUCGGCGUCUCGUUCGGCGGCGUCGAGCUAGGUGCAAAGCCACCAUUACAUCAGUCGAGCUGGUGA